AUGGCUCCUAUCCUCAACUUUCACGCCGGCUCGCUCCCCAGCUUUGCGCUGCGUCUCAAGUCGGACGACUCGCUCGAGAGCCUCAAGACUCGUGCCGCAAAGAAGAUCCGACUCCACCUUGGCGAUGGCAUCCCACUCGUGAUCAAGUACGGCUGGUCUGGCCAGAGCUACACCCUCGAGGACUCGGACGACUUCGAGAUCUUCCUUGAACGAUUCGGCAACGCAAAGGAGGCUGACCUCUACCUCGAAUCCCCCGAGAUCCCCACACACGGCAACGACGCUCACUCGACCGACGGUGCCAAUGACGGCCCCAACGUGCCCGUUGUCGACGACUCGACCCUGGUGCACCGCACUCCCGGCCGUGGCAAGAGCGGCGCGGUCAGCAUUCACCGCGUCUCCGCACCCCACGUUCCCUCGGCGGACGACUACAACGACGCCGGCGGCGUCACUGCCGGAGGCCGCGAUUCGAUCAUGUACCCGCCUCCUCGCGAGCCCACCGCCGCGCCUGGCUACAGCAAGCCCUCUGUUCCCGAGCCUCCCGCAGCCAAGGCGACCCACGACGACGCUGUCUCCACCCACACGUCCAAGACGCGCAAGACCAACCAGACCGUCUCAUCGGUCCCUUCGCACAAGGUGGCCUUCCAGGAGUUCCACGCGCAGCUCGGCGUUCGACUGCUCAAGGGCAGCAUCGGUCCCAUCCAGGACGUACCCAUGAUGCUCAAGUCGGGCUACCGUCACGUGUACGUGAGCCGCAGCUUUGCGCUCAACCACGGCUUCAUCCCCAAAGACACCACCCCGGGCACCUACGGGUUCAACGGUAUCACCAACCUCGGCAAGUGGCCGGUGCAGGUGGGAAGCAAGGCCGUGCCGUGCACCGUGAUGCUGGCUGAAGACAGCUACUUCCCCGUGAUCUUGGGCAGGAGCUUUAUGGAGAAGCGCGGUGUCAGGACCGACCCGAUCGAUAUGACCAGCGUCACGUUCAUGGACAAUGGCGAGCGCGCUGAUGUCGAGGUGGUGGUCGUUAGGGACGAGCACGGAGAGCCUGUUCCCAUCCCUUGA